GUCGUCGCCGUCAUCGUUGCGCCGUGACGGCGGCGGUGGCCGAGAGGUGUCUGUCGCGGCCAGUACCCCGCCGCCGGAGGGCGGGAACGCGCCGCGCGCGGGCCAAUGAGCGUGCGCCGUCCCACCCACCGACCGGCGGCACCCGGCGCGGCGCCGAGUCGGUGAUCGCGAGCGCGCGCCGAACCUGAGGCCACCGUCGGCAUUGCAGAAACUGCACCGGUCGCACCCUGACGCCGCGCGUCUCACACCGAACACGUCGCGCGUGUCGUACGCCUCACGCGGUACACAUCUACCUACGUAUAUAAUAUUAUCGUACAUAUUAGGUAUACGCUUUACGCGCCGUCGUCGUACGCCGUUUUAUAGAAAUAUAUUAUAUAAUACGUUAUAUUUCGUACAAAGGCAUUCGGAUUAAUCGCAUUAUAUAUUUAAAUAUAUAGAAUAUAUAAUAUAUAAUAUCACCGUAACCGCGUAAACUUUAUAUAUCAUUUCAAUAGAUCGUCGUCAUCAUAGCGCGUCUGAGAUGUGAACUAUUACGUCAUUAUAAUAUCGUCGUCGUCAUUGAUACACACGAAUACUGCACGUUGGCGCUCGCGAUGCGGUAUUUCCCGUGAUUUUUGAACACUUGGUCCCAACACCAGAGUGACUUUACGUCCACUGCGAUCUCGAUUACUUGCAGUCGUUUUCGAUAUCUGUUUCCUGCUCCCGCGCCCCCGUCACCCCGGACACCAUCGUUUUCCCGUGCACCGAAAUGGAAGCUGACGAUCCACGUCUGGCCGACGAGUACGUCAACGAGUUCGUGCUCGACCACCUGGACGUGUCGACGGUGAAACGCGAGAUCCAAUCGUCCGACUAUCACCACCAUCACCACCAACAGCCGCACCAGGACCACGGUGGCCAUCACCACCACCAUCAGCACCACCAACAGCAGCAGCAGCAACAACAACACCCACCCUGCAACGGUGGCCGGGGGACCGCCGGAGUCAACGCCCGUCUGCCACCGAUGCCCAUCACGGGCGCCAAUAACGGGCCCACGUCCGUGGCCGCCGUGGCCGCCGCAGCAGCCACCGCCACACUGGUGCAGUCGUCGCCACCGCCCCACUAUCUGCUCACGCCGCCGGGUUGCGAACAGGAAUACCCACACCACCACCCACUCAUCAGACACCAGCACGCUCUUAACCAGGUAAUCGACGGCGUGAGUGGCCCGGGCGCUGGUAUGGUGAUACACGGUCACGUGGCGACCACGGCCGCGGCGGCCGCCAGCGUGCUGAUAACCGGAGGCGAGGCCGCGGUCAAGGUGUCGAGAUCCGACGGCGCGACCGUCGGUUCGAUGAUGUAUCCGAGCACGCCGGGCACGCCCCCCGACACGCCGCCGGUGAGCUCUUCGCCGCCGCCGGCCACGACUAUCCGGCAACCGGUGUUUAUGGAAGAAAUGAUAUGGCUGACGCAAUCGUUGCGCCAGGGACAGGAGCCGUUGGACUUGCGACCAAAUUACGCGGGUUCCGACGAAAUGCAGCAGCACCAGCACCAGCAACACCAGCACCAGCAGCACCCGCACCACCAUCACCACCAUCACCACCAUCAACAGCAGCAGCAGCAGCAACAGCAACAGCAACAGCAACAGCAACAACAACAACAGCAGCAGCAGGAGCAACAAGAAGAGGAAGAACAGCAGCAACAACAGCAACCGGACUCGGCGGCGGUCGCCGAGUGGAACAUGGUGCAACACCAACACUCGACCGUGAUACAGCCGAGCAACAGCAACAGCAGUUGCCCUGCGGUCAACGGCAACAAGGCGUCGCCGUUUGGCCGCCCGACCCUCCAAGCGCUGUUGAGCCCGAGCUCGUCCUACAAUUACGGGAACAACUGUUCGCUGUACCAGCCGCUGUUCUCGGCCCAGCGGUCGAUGGCCCCGCACCAGAACCGGCCGCUGAGCGUGUCCAGCGGCAGCGUCAUGUCGCCGGUGAGCUCCCGCGGCGGCGGCGGCAGCAGCGCGUACACCCGCGGCGGCGGGUCGUCCGACGACCUGAUCAACGACGCGCUGCUGUUGCAGCUGCCGGUGCGCGACCUCAACAAGCGGCUGCAGGGCAUCUCCAAGGAGGAGAUCGCCCGGCUCAAGCAGAAGCGGCGGACGCUCAAAAACCGCGGGUACGCGCAGAGCUGCCGGACCAAGCGGAUGAACCAGCGCAUCGAGCUGGAGAACGCCAACGAGAUACUGGCGACCGAACUGCACAAGAUGAAGUCGGAGCUGUCGCGGAUGACGCAGGAACGCGACAUGUACAAGCAGCGGUUUUCCGCGCUGGCCGCGGCCAGGGACUCGAUGAGCGCCGCUGCAGCGGCAGCCGCCGCGGCCGCCGUGGCCACGUCGUCCACGUCGUCCACGUCGUCGGUGGCCGCGGCCGCCGCGCAGCGCGUCGACAGCAGCUCCAACUCGCCAGAGCUCUACCUGUGACAGACGAGGAGGUCGUACGCGUCUGCGCUUUGGAUAUCCAAGUGUCUACCAACGUCCGCCAACAAUAAUUACGGUUCCCGAGCAUCGCGAACUUGAAACCGUAUACAGCGAUUAACUUCAAUAACAAAAGGAUAAGACUAAUAAAGUAAUUUGUUUUGUUUUGUUUUUUUUUUCUUCAGUAGUUAUAUAUUUAUAUUUUAAUAGUGCCUAUG